AUGUAAUGUUCCGCAACAAUAAGCAAUUCGCGAGGUGAUGUUGUGGUUUACAGAAGACCGAGCGCUGCGUUAGAGAAGAAUGAUCUGAGCGUGUAACGAAGAAAAAACAUGGAUCCACAGCAGUGGUGCAUGCUGGGAGGUUCAGCAGCUGCUGUGAUAGCAGGGGUGUAUGUGCUCUGGGGACCUGAAAACAAGGGCAGGAGGCGCAAGAAAGACCUGCCCCCAGGACUACUGAACCUGGGGAAUACCUGCUUCAUGAACGUUGUACUCCAGAGCCUGGCUGCCUGCCCCUCCUUUGUCCAGUGGCUGGGGGACUUUAUCGACGCUCACAUCAGUGAUGAGAACUACACCUCCUACCUGGCCUAUACUAUGGUCAGGGUCAUGAAAGUAUUGACCAACCAAGCCAUAGUCCCUGACCCCUUCAGCCCCGUGGAGGUCCUGGAGGCACUGAGGGCCAGGAGAUGGGUCAUCUCAUCUGAGGAACAGGAUGCCCAUGAGUUAUUCCAGGUGCUCACAUCAACACUGGAUGAGGAGAAGACUACUCCUCCCUCUGUGGUGUCCCUGUUCAACAUAGGGCUGCUGCAGCUGGAGGAGAAGUUCUGUGAAGGAGGAGGGAAAAGGGACCCUGCUGUAACCAGGGCAAAUGGCUUCCUGCCUCCCCUGUCCUACUCUGGACAGGACCAUCCCUUCAAGGGUCUGUUGGCCAGUCAGCUGAGAUGUAAACAGUGCUGGCACAAGUGUCCAGUGAAGUAUGAUCACUUUGACAGCCUGUCACUCAGUCUCCCAGCAGAUGAACUGGGCCCCCACACCUUGGAAGGUCUCCUUCAGCAGUUUGUGAUGUCUGAGACGGUACAGAAUGUGGAGUGUGAGAACUGCCAGAAGGCCUCCUGUCCCUGGGAGGAGGAGGGAGCUUCAGCCAGGACUGCUUUCAUCAAGCAGCUCACACUGGGGAAGCUGCCCCAGUGCAUGUGUAUCCACGUCCAGAGGACCGUGUGGCUGGACAAUGGAAGCCCCACCAAGAGGAAGGACCAGGUGCUGUUCCCAGAGUACCUGGACAUGGCAGCCUUCCGGUACAGGGCCGGCCUGCUGGGCGGGAAGGCUGGGGGAGUCAGGAACGGGAGAGUGCCAAACGGGAUCCUGCAUCGUGGGGAGUCUGUGCCGCAGAGCCCAGUGAGCAGCUGCCUGAGUUCGCCUGUGUUCCCGUCCACCCCCCUGUUCUCCCCGUCGCGCCUGUCCUGUUACCCCAGUAUGGCCAUGAUCAGUCCCUUCAGCCCGGCCAAGGAGUCUGUCUUCAAAAGCACUCCUUUCAGAAAGCCGGUCCACACCUCUGUGUACAGACUGGUGGCGGUGAUUGUGCAUCUUGGCGAGGUGUUCUCUGGCCACUUCGUGUGCUACAGGCGUGCUCCAGAGGACGAGCACGGCAGCUUCAGCGAGAAGUGGAUCAAGACGUCAGACAUGAUGGUCAGGAGAGUGCUGCUGCAGGAGGUGCUGGGGGCAGAGGUGUACCUCCUCUUCUACGAGAAAGUGCGAACAGUGUCUGCCAGAUAGUUACAAGAUCCCAGAAGCAAAUGGGCUGCUCUUGGGUACAUCUGAAUUAUAGAUUUGUGAAGUGAAAUUGCACAGGGUCAAACAACUUUGAUGAUACAAACACGAAGAAGGAUUGAAGAAAAAAUUAGAAGUGAAGAUUUUUGCACAGAUUAUUCUGCUUGAAGAUAUGUAGAUGUCUUUAUGAGAGGAAAAAUGGCAAAUUUAUAUAUGAGAAGUAUUCAGACAACUUGUAUAAGAAGAAAGACACCACAAUUUCUGUUGAGGCUUGAGAUUACACAAAUGUCAAGUUUAGAUCUAAAUAUAGGAAAUGUGGUCUAAUCUAAAUACAUUAUAUUGUAUUUCUUGUAAUAUGUGGCCUGCUUAUCACAGUGCAAUGAAUAACUUGUUUAAAGGCAUUGUUGCAACAUAUUUGAGCUGAUAGAAAGAAAGACAAAAAAGUCUAGAGUUGAAGAUAUUUUUUCCACUUUGCCAUAAUGAGAUGAUCAGUUCCGAAUAGAAGGAUGAGCAAAGUGCCAAGUGUUAAGGCAGGGUAGCUGAUUAAUCAGCAAUGAGUUGUCCUUAGCCUAGGUAGGCACCAUCCUAUUUGAUUUACUGGGCCCCAAAAUAUUGGUGAGCAAGGGAGUAUGGAGCCCUGGUAGACUAGAUAGGAUGGCACUCAGGCUAAAUGCUAAUUAGACAAAAUAUACAUGUAGGUAUGAUGCUUGUUUGGGUCUGUAAGACAUUGUACAUGUGAGAAUAAUAUUCAAUACAGAAAGAGCUAAGCAUACACUUAAAUGUUACAUGUUUGGUAUGAAAAUGAAUUUGAAGGAAUUAUUAUGUUGUCUGUACUAUGUAUGUAUGUGUGCACUACAAGUAUAUCAACUUAUGUAUGCAUUCCAUACAGUCUGUGGAUUAUGAAUACAUUGUGUACUUCUGGAUUAACAGCUGGUACAUAUCAGAUAUAGUGACAGUAUUCUGACAUAUCAUGGUUUUGUGGAACAUGUGUGCUGUCUGUGCCAAACCGUGCUGUCCGUCUGAGGACUUGGUCUCUGUGUUUUCAUUCUGUGAACCUGCUGCAAAGGUUUCCACUACCCACAGUUGCUGUGAUGUCUGUUUGAACCAAGUGACAUUUUUUUUGGUAAACAUUGUGAGUUUUUGUAGCAAAUAAAGAGUUGCUAUGAAGAUCGAAACUAUAAACUAUGAGGAACAAUAAAGUAUGAACAGCCAUGA